AUGAAGCGCGCGUCGAGCAUCACACCAGAUUCGAACCAAAGUCCCUCCACGCCGCAUUCCGCCUCCAUGAUGGAAAAGAACAGUAGCACUCCACUGCACGACAGGGCCUUCCAUUUUGGAACCGACAAAAAGGGUCGAAACGUGUCCAAAAAAGACCCAGCGGUGCCGCCUAAUGGCGGGUAUGGUUGGGUUUGCACGAUCUGCGUUGCCCUCAUUAAUGCGCAUACCUGGGGCAUCAACUCCUCUUAUGGCGUAUUCCUCGCCCAUUAUUUGAGAACGGAAACCUUCGCUGGGGCAACACAUCUUCAAUAUGCGUUUGUGGGUGGCCUGUCCAUCUCACUUGCAAUGUUCAUAUCACCAGUGGCCACUCUGUUAACCCGCAAAUACGGAACUCGCCUGACGCUGCUUGUUGGUACGGUGUUUGAGACGGCUGGGCUAAUUGGAGCGUCGUUUGCUACCACUAUAUGGCAAUUAUUUCUAAGCCAAGGGGUAGCCUUCGGGUUCGGCAUGGGCUUUCUCUUCGUCGCGUCAGUUGGUAUUCCAGUGCAGUGGUUUACUACGAAGAGAUCCCUUGCUAAUGGGAUCAGUUCGUCGGGCUCUGGGUUCGGUGGGCUCUUGUACUCCUUGGCAGCUGGAGCUAUGAUCAAGUCUAUUGGUUUGGCUUGGUGUUUUCGAGUGCUUGGUAUUCUAGCAUUUGGUGUCAACAUCGUCUGCAUCCUCCUCAUCCGCGAUCGCAACAAGAUUAUUAUGUCACGGCACAAGACUCUUGAUGUCAUGUUGAUGAAGCGGCCAGAGUUUAUCAUUCUCUGUGGCUAUGGCUUUUUCUCAAUGCUUGGCUACAUUGCGCUGGUUUUUUCCAUGGCCGACUACGCAAGAAGCAUCGGGCUCAACAACUCACAAGCGUCCGAAUCGGGAGGCCGCCGAUGGGGGUACUUCUCUGAUAACGUUGGUCGGAUCAACAUGGCCGGAUCGGCUACUUUCCUAUGUGGACUAUUAGCCUUGGUCAUUUGGAGCUUCGCAAAAAGCUACGGGUUGCUCAUAUUCUACGCCCUGGUAGGUGGAACUGUGGCCGGUACGUUUUGGGCAACUGUCAGUCCAGUUACAGUGGAGGUUGUUGGCCUUCAAGAUCUGCCAUCUGCACUCAAUCUCGAGUGGCUGGUGACUGUAUUGCCGUGUACGUUCAGUGAACCUAUGGCUCUGGAGCUGGCUACAAGUGCAGGAGGCUAUUUGAGCACAAGUCUCUUUGUUGGCUUCAUGUAUAUCGCAGCGGCUGCGUGUGUGUUGCUGCUGCGAGGCUGGAAAGUUGGUGAAUUAGACGAGAUUGCACGACUCAACAGUCAACUUUCGGAUGGCACGAGCACUCUAGACGUCGAUUCGGGAUCUACGAACAACAAAGCGAGAAAGAAAGGGCGAGAGACAAUCCUGAAGAACGUUUGGAAAUGGCGUAAGGUGUAA